AUGGCCACCCCAGGCUCUCUCUACCCUCCCCCAACCACACCCACCUCCGACUCUGCAUACGUGAUUACCAACUGCGCCAAAGCCAAGGUCAAGUGGGAAGAAGAUGAGGAAAUCAUCGGCGACCUGCAGUCUGAGGAUGGCCAUGGCCACCUGCCUUUGAAAUUCCCAGGCCCUCUCCCUGAUCACUUCGGCGCCUCCGUCGUGUGCUACUCUCGUCAGAAUCCCGACGGCUCCAAUUAUCGAUACAAGGCCGUGGACAACUAUCUGGCCCGUAACGAAGGUUACGUUGCUGACCGCUCCAAGCAUAUCUUCUGCAACAAUGCAGCGGUCAGUGAGGAUGACGAGGAGAUCAGAAUCGUCAAGUUCGUCGUCGGCCAGGCUGAUCCCCUCAUUGAUUCCAUAUCCUUUUUCCUACCCCUUUGGCUGGAAGCCCACCAGUUCGACGACGUCCUCCGCCGAGACCGCAAAAUCGAGCGCAAGAAAGCUCGCUACAGAAAAGAAUUCAGUUUCGAGACGGAAAGGGUUGCUCGCACCUCGGCCUACCUCAUGCAGCUCAAGAAAAAGGCUCUUCAGUAA